AACGAGUCUCCUAGGAACCUUGACUAAUGGGAUUGUAUCGAUAAGAUCAUUGAUGCCGCCCCGAUUCUCUCCACAAAGAGCAAUGCGACAAAAAUGAUCUCACUCACUACUUUUACAAAUUAUGUAUUGGCCAUGCACGGUGCCUCAGAUUUACGCGCAUCAUGCAAGCAAAUCAGGUAUCGAUCACGAGGACGCGCCGGAUGAGAGCAAUAUCUCAAAUGGGGGUCACGUCGAGGGAAUCUUGGAUAUUCAAGUGACCCGCAAUGAUCACCUCUUCGCCACGGCCACUUCCAGUCGCUUGGACAUUUGGUCUGUCAGACCAGUCGUACUCCUCGCUUCUCUGACCAGGUCCGCAAAAUCGUUGGAAACGUACGGCACCAACCUAGCUGUGGUCUUCAGGCCCGACGCCAGUACAGUUGUCAUCCGCACAACCGAGAGUUACUUGAUCACUUACUCGGUGGACACUGAAGGCACUGCCAGGGUACUCCAACAGCAAUAUGGCUACAGCCAAGCUAAGCGACAGAAUGUCAUGCGAAACUUCGGUGUCGAUGAAACCGCUGGUGUUCCCGAAGUUCUUCUCCGUUUUAGAAGGGCCAUCAAGAUCGAUGCUGGGAUCAAUGCCCUCAUUGCUUUGGAUUCGGAGUUGAUUGUCUCAACCAAAAAACCCCCAGCCGUCCAAUGCAUCAAAUGGGAAACACAAAAAGAUGGCUCUCAGGCAGUCACGCAACUUUUGGCAAAACUGGAUUGGGUUGGCCAAAAGUCCAGCAUCUCGACCAUUGUCCAUGAUCGCGCCAUCAAUCUAUCCGUCUGGUUAUCUCAUGAUGGACUAGCCUAUGCGGUACAACGUGUCAAGCCAAAUCUGACAAGAGCCCCAUCUUCAAGCGAGUCAACUCCCUCUUCUCGCUCAUCCACGACCGGUGCAACUCGUCUCUUUGAUGGGUAUUGCUUUCACAAGUCAGACGCAGGUGAAGCUGUAUUUGCCAGCAUCAACGCCCGUUUUUCUCUCAUAGCAAUAGCUAUUGCGUCCGGUGAGAUACUGUGCUACGCCGCAAAGGACUAUGUAGGCAACAUUCCUCUUUCUCACACCUUCAAACCCUCCACGACGCCAUCAUCGCGGGGAGAGAUCAAGGCACUGAUUUGGUCACCUGACGGAUAUUGCCUAUUUGCCGCCUACGAACAUGGAUGGUCGAUAUGGUCUGUCUUUGGCAAAGAGGGUGCAUCAAGCUUUCAAGGAAAUCUGAGCCAUGCUGAGUCGAACAACGAGAGCUGGUUGAUCUCUCCUCACCGCGCUGCCUGGGCAAGUGGUGGAGCAGAAAUAUUUUUGGCAGCCCAAAAAGAUGACCGGAUAUGGAGAGUCGAGAUGUCCAGAAGCGCAGCAAUGGGCUGUUUCUCUUGUGCCAACCUCGUUCGCGCACUCCUACAAACCCCCUCCGAACUGACAGUAUAUCGUGGUCACGAUCUUCCGGAUUUGACUUCAAUCUCGAACGAGGCUUCACUUUGGCACCACGCAGGGUACCCUCCGGUAUAUCUCCAUAAUCAAUGGCCGAUCAAAGCAAGCGUUGUCUCUCAAGACGGUCGAUACAUUGCGAUAGCGGGUCGCCGAGGUCUGGCACAUUACAGUGUCCAAAGUGGGCGAUGGAAGACAUUCUCCGACCUCGCGGUGGAAUCUUCAUUUGCCAUUCGAGGUGGCAUGUGUUGGUUCAACCACAUCCUUGCUGUGGCGACAGAAAGCGCUGCCGGAUACGACCUGCGCCUGUAUUCAAGAGAACGAGAUCUGGGACGGCACCCACUCCACUCUGAGACGUUCUCAAUGCCCAUUGUGUUUGUCGGUCCAUCAGGAGAAGACUCAUUACUGGUCUAUACUUAUGAAAAUAUCCUCUACCACUACAUCCUCAACAUCAGCGACCGGGGCGCCCAGAUGGUCCAAGUUGGACAGAUUGCAUUUCAUGGCAUUGUCCGAGCACCCAGCCGAGUCCGAUCGGUCAGUUGGAUUGUUCCUGACAGCCAGCUCCGCAACGGAGAUCCAUCUCGAGAUGUUGAGUUUGCUUCGGUAUUGUUCUUGGUGGACGACAAACUUGUGUUGCUGCAAUCUUCGCGCAACGAAAAGGAAGAACUCAAGUAUGAAAUGAGAGUCAUUGCGCAACACGUGGAAUAUUAUAUUCUCAUGCGAGAUCAGAUCUAUUACAAUUUUAGUGGCCCAGAAGAAUCAGCACCUCCGACACCCUUGCCUGGAGCCACUUUUACCCGCAAUCAACAUCAUUACUCUUUACGAGAUUCGCUUUGGAUAUUCACUGGAGAUGAUUUACGACUUUGGCCGGACGUACGAGGAUUAUUUCAACCAGGCAACGAGGGGGAAUCGUUGACCUCUCCGCUUCUGUCCAUGUCUGUGGACUUUUAUCCCCUAUCAAUACUGCUAACCAAAGGCAUUGUAUUGGGCAUUGAAUCGGAACUGGUGCAACGACGAGAUGUCAACUUUGCACAAUUCCGAUCGAGCAUACGAACACAGCUUUUCCUUCCAUAUGUUCUUCGCCAUCAACUCUGCUCGGCACAUGACACAGCCACUGCGUUCGGCGUUGCCAACCAAUAUCAGCAUCUCAGCUAUUUUCCACACGCGCUUGAAAUUCUUCUCCACCACGUGCUCGACGGUGAGGUUGACCGAGAAAAGAGUGAUGGAGCUCUAGAGGAAUCUCCAUCCCUAAAUCCGCUCCCUGCAGUUCUCUCAUUCCUACAGCUCGUCCUCUCGCCUUCGUCUUACCUCUCCACAAUCGUCCAAUGCAUUCGGAAAACCGAACUCAGCUCAUGGGCGACACUAUUCGCACAUCUGCCACCACCCUUGACGCUGUUCGAACAAGCGCUAGAAUUAGAAGAUCUCAAGACUGCCUCUGGUUGGCUCAUUGUACUACAAGGUCUGGAAGAAGACGACGAAUCCGAAUCCUACGAUGCGCGGAAAUUCGAGGGACACGUGAUCCGAUUGAUGAAGUUAGCGCAACGAAAAGGCGAUUCGGAAUCCCUGGCAGAGCUGGCCAGGUUCCUCAUGGCUAUCGACCCUCGUGGCGAGGCACUUAGACGAGUUAUUGCAGGCGUUGGCUUCAGAUCACAAUCAAGGCACUUGGAUCCAGCAAGGAGUUUAUCUGGCGCCAGCUUGGAGGACGGCGGUGUCAGUGUAGGUUCUUCUGUUGGGACGCUGACGAUCCCAAGCCACACCAUCAUAAACAGCAGAGUCCGAGGAAGGGAUAAUAGUGCUGCAGGGAGCUCCACUGCUAGUCACCGCAAUAGUCCGGGUUCGAGUCCGAAUAUGAGUCCUAGUCCUGUCAGCGGAGGAGGGUAUUUCUCAUCGAGUCCCGGGGGUUUUUGAUGGUGAUCCGAGGCGGG